AUGCUACCAAAACUCAUUUUAGGUUUAUUCUUGUACGCAGGGGUUUGUAGACAAUGCCGUGGUGACCAUCUAAGAACUCUAGGUUCUACUGACGCGGAUUCCGAAGUACAAGAUCCCGGACUGGCGUCCACGUCUCACCCAGAGCCUCAGAUUCACGAACCUUCAUGUUCUACGGAGUCUGCAGAGGAAAUAGUAGAGCCACCACAGUUACUACCGCCUGCUACAGAAGAAUCAGAACAAUUGUCUGCUACCCCUGUCCUUCACGUAAGAUUCCAAGAAGAUCUCAUUAGUGAGGUAAGUUCUUCUUCGGCAGUGUGUGAAUGAGUUUACUGAUUUCAAAGGGGCGGGACGUUUGCGUCACUUGCUUUGUAAUUGUUGUCAUAAUCCACUGAUCUUUAGAACAAAUCAGGAAAGGAGGGAGAGGGGUCGUUGUUGCUUGAUGCAUUGGGCGUAAUGUUGGUUCUCACACUAAUUUGCAUAGACUUUGAAUAAAAUCGGAAUAGUUCGUUAAAAUUGGUUGUUAUACUGAGAGUCACUAUAUGGUUGAGUCAUAAAAUUUUCUCCUUUCAAAGAAUACCUGUCUUCGAGUAUGCUUUGCGGUCGUGGUUUCGAAUGUUGCUCACUCUUAUUUAUCGAACUUCCUUUGAAGCAUAAAGCGCGAAAUUUAAUAAAAUAUAAUCAUCAAUAACUCGUAACAAUUACUAUUCAAAGCUCAUUCUACUCCUGUUAUUAAUCUUAGAGAGGUUUGAGCAGAUUCAUAUAGCGUUCAUAAACAAAGCCAACCGGCGCAAAGCAUACCGGCCAACAGGAAUUCUUUAAUGUAAAACUUGUGCACGCUGACUAUACGGUAAUGAUGCCAAACUGAUGGAAUAAUUAGAUAUUUCCUAGAUACAGCUUUUUUCUCUUCCAGCAUAGCGAUCGCGACUCAGACCCCAGCGAUCGCCAUUCAGACGCUUUGUCGCGGACGUCUUCUGGAUCCCAGGAGUCUCUUGGCGCAGCAGAGACGUCGGCAGAAUGGCAGCCCACCCCUCAAAUACAGCACCGCCUUUAUUACCUUAAUAAUUUCCUCAGAAUGGCUACUGAAGGCAGGGUCAGCCCGGUGAGGUCACAGUGCCAAUGUGACGUUCUUACUAUGUCAUCCAGAACCCAGCGCUACUACCGGAAAAAAGCGGAGCAGGCUAUCGAAGGCGUGCUUGAAUCCAUUGCCCCUGGCAACGCCUCCUGGCUCUACCACCAAGUCAUGCAACGGCGGAUUCGUUUACAAGCGGCCGAGGGUAUAGUCGAAGACACGCUGGUUGCCAGACUGGUGAUUCUGUAUGAGGAAGCCGCCAAUUGGUACACGAGACAACAGAUCCUGUCGCUUUUCGUGAACGACUACUCGAAGAGCGAGCUAUUGGCUUUGAUUCCGGGUCUCUCAAAAUGGAGAAUCGACGAGGCAAGGAAGCACGCUUUCCAAACUAAGCCCGGGCAACCCAUUGACCCACCAAGGAUCACCAGAUGCCGUUUGGAUGCUGUGAAAGUUGACCACUUUCUUGACUUCUUGUCCAGUCCAUCAGUUCUUCAAGAUGUGGCAUAUGGCACCAGAACUCUUAAACUGGAGAGUGGAGAGAGCUUAGAGAUCCCGAACAUGGUGCGCACACUUAUAUCCUCCCACCUAGUGCGCAUGUACCUGAACUUUUGUGUAGAGUCCAAUUUUGAGCCUCUCGGACGCUCCACGCUCUUCAAUAUAAUCAAGGUACGGAUUAUAAAACGUUCGUAAAGGACGAAUUUUGAUCAGGGUUAAUUGUAGUUGUAGUAGUGGUGUAGUAGUAGUAAUGGUUUGCAUUUAGAAAUUAGUUUGAAACGAAAGCAUUUUGUUUCUCUUCAGGUUUGUGGGGCUUCACUAAAGAAAUCGUUAGCCGGUCUUGAUAGCACUCAGACAGAUGGGGUACAGGCGCUCGCCACUCUUGAAGACAUCACUCAUCAACUCAAACAAGCCGGUGAGAUACAAACACCUUCCAUUAUUACUGUAGGUGCACGAGUUGUCACAACUUUUAAUAAGCUGACGGAGUAUCAAUAUUUAUUAUUGUGUGUAUUUUUUCUAUCACAGGACUGGAUAGCACAAUGGCCGAUAACAUUCUAAUGCGACUCAAAGCAGGUCGGCAGUAUCUGAAGACGGAUUUCAAGAUCCACACAGCCAGCGAAUCCCCGUGCGCAGAUCACUGCAGAGUGUUCGCCCUCAGUAGGACAGAGAAAGAGUACAACGGUCAGUGCCAACAUCAGCAUACCAUAACCUGUGACCGGUGCGAAGACCUAAAGAAUGCUGUCUCAGAUCUGCAACUAGCGUUGGAUUCAGGUGAAGUACAUCUAAGGUAAGAACAUCUUUGUGACAGAAAAGCAGAGUUUAGCAUUUAUUGUCAACUAACAACCUAAUCCCCAGGGCGCUUUAUAUGAGUUUCAGUUAGAAAUUUUAAAUUGCUUUGUGUGGUUCUAAACCUAAUGAACAUAUAUGUUUUAAAUGAAACGCAGUUUACGAAAAAAGUGAGAGAGUCAUCAUUGUUUUUUGAUAAAACGGCUCCAAAGAAAAAUUUCUGACGCUAUCGCGCCGUGAUGUUGACAAGCUCUACUCUUUCCCUUUUUAGUCCUGAUAAACGAGAGGAGUUACAGCAUGAUUUGAGCUGCGCUGCGCCGAGCAUAGAAGAUUGGAAGUCGCACGUUCUCCGUUCAGUUCACCAGGAUGCGGCCAAGAGCGAAAUUGUUGAUAGCCUGAAACCAUCACAGGUUCUGCUAAUAAUAGACUGGGCGAUGAAGUUUAUUCCCACCAGCUUUCGCGAAACGCAGCGCGACUGGUUUGGAAAGAAGGGGAAGUCCUGGCAUCUCUCGGUGGCCAUCACUAAAGCAGAAGAUGGAACAAUUGAGGUAGAAAUCAUGUGCCUACUCUUCUGUCUUUAUCGCUCACUGACCACUAUAAACUAGUUUCUCGUGAGCGCGGUCUUUGUUACGCUAACCGAUUGCAAAAUUGGAUAACUGAUAAGAAUGCCAGGCCGAGAAAAGACGCGAAAGCUUAAAUUCCGAAAAGUGAAUUUCAACGUUUCAUUGCUUUCCGCACUUAUAUAAAGAUAAAACGUUGGCGACGCACGUAAGCGCGCGCAAAAGCGCAUGGGACGGAGUACAUUUUUAGUCCAAAUAAAAGGCCAUAAACAUUCUCGAAAAAAGCAGACCUUCCCGGGUGUUAUCUCUGUUUCAAGUCAAAAUGCGCUGGUUAAUACUCCAUUAGCCCUUGACUGUGACCAGGUCCCUUGGCGCACUAUUCAUGGUAAAAAAUGCUUUACUAUUAUGAUUUUCAGACACGUACAUAUAUCCACUUAUUUGAUGAAUGCAAUCAAAACUCGUUUAGCGUUGCCUCCAUCAUCGAAGAUUCACUAACCACCAUGAAGCGACAGAAACCUAGACUGAAUGAAGCUUUCCUAAGAUUUGACAACGCAGGCUGUUAUCACUGCGCUUUUCUUCUUCUCAGUCUUCCAAGCCUUGGACAGCGAAUUGGUGUCUGCAUAGCUCGUUAUGACUUCAGUGAGGCCCAAGCUGGCAAAGACAUAUGUGACCGCCGAGCCGCCGCCCUGAAGAGCCACAUUAGGCGCUACAUUAAUGAAGGCAAUGACGUCAAGACAGCAAGUGACAUGAAAGCUGCUAUUGACUCGCAUGGGGGCGUCAAAGGCUGCUACUCAGUGGUGUGCAAGGUUGACGAAAGGUCCCAAAACAUGACCAAGCACUCGCUGAGUGGCAUACAGUCUUUGAACAAGUUCGUGUUCACUGAAAGUGGAGAGAUGAUCGCCUGGCGGGCCUACAAUGUCGGACCCAGAAAGGUCUUUUCCGCGGCGUCGCUAGCGUGUCUCGGUACCACUCAAGGCCCGACAAACUUACAAGUUCUCCAGGCAUUUAAUAGUCCUGACAUACUGACUGGUGUCUUCCGUGCAUCUUCCAGCACGCAAGAACAGCAGCCCGCAGCACCUCCAACGGACCCUAUAGCCGUAGAACGGAUUCAGCUUGAAGAAGAAGAGCGUGUGGCCUUUGGCUGCCCAGAGGAGGGUUGCAUAAAAGUUUACCAAAGUCACAGCAGCCUUCAGCGUCACCUCGAUGGCGGGAAACACCUUCUUGCGUUAGAGAGAGAGUCCACGUACGACGUGAUAAAGAAAAAGUGGGCAGAGACCUGCAAGUCAAUUUCUGGUAGCUACGUGGAAGCAGCUCAGCCUCCCACAUCUGCAUCCGCCUCAGUUUCCCAUAGCCAAUCGGAAGACCCGCUGCCAACAGCUGACCUGGGCUGGGCAUUAAAAAAGACCAAGAAGUCUGUUAAUUUCACCACUAAAGUGUGCCAAUUUUUGCGUGAAGUCUUCCUUCAAGGAGAGGACACCGGGAAUAAAGCAGCGGCUGAGGAUGUAGCAGCACGAAUGAGAUCCGUGCGAACCGCUGAGGGAAUGAAGGUAUUUACCAAAGACGAGUGGCUGACAUCUACCCAGAUCUCCGGAUAUUUCAGAAGAAUGGCCGCAUUAAACAGGAGUGGGGGUCUUCAUAGAAGAAAGGAGGUGAGGCCAGCGCCAACAGAACCGGUGCCCGAGGGAGAAGAAAGCGAA